GGACCGGUUGAAACCGACAGAAAGCUGCAGCAGGUCAAAGAUCUGCAGGGCGACGUAAAAACCCUUCACCCAGCAAACAGUGAGCGUCUUUACACACACAUUCACGCCCGGUAUGUCCUCUUUUUGUGUGCUGAGGACUCGCUGCUUCCUCAUGCAGGUCUUCCCCAGCCUGCCCGCCGUCAUGCACAGACGCUACAGCCUGGAUGUCGCCGCUCCGCUGCUCCGGACGCAGGGCUACGUUGACGGCCGCUGGGUCUCUGCAGCAUCGGUGUUCCCCGUCCUGGACCCGGCCACCGGGGAGGAGAUAGCCAAGGUGUCAGACUGUGGCCCGGCUGAGGCCAAGCAGGCUGUGGACGCUGCCUACAAGGCGUUUCAUUCCUGGAAGCAGUACACUGCUAAGGAGAGGAGUGUCCUGUUAAGGAAAUGGUUUGAGCUGAUGACGCUGCACAAAGAAGACCUGGCCAAGCUGAUCACGUUUGAGAGCGGGAAACCCAUGCGGGAGUCUCUCGGGGAGAUUGCGUACUCUGCCUCUUUCUUGGAGUGGUUUUCGGAGGAGGCUCGGCGGGUCUACGGCGACAUCGUCCCGUCACCUGCCAAAGACCGUAAGAUUUUCCUCCUCAAACAGCCUGUGGGGGUUGCCUCCAUCAUCACACCGUGGAACUUCCCCAGCGCUAUGAUCACCAGAAAGGUUGGAGCUGCUCUGGCCGCCGGCUGCACGGUGGUGGUCAAACCGGCAGAGGACACGCCGCUGUCGGCGCUCGCUCUGGCUGAGCUGGCGGAGCAGGCGGGGAUCCCGGCAGGGGUCAUAAAUGUGGUUCCCUGCUCCAGAGAGAAGACGCCGGCAGUCGGGGAGGUUCUCUGCACUGACCCACUGGUGGCCAAAAUCUCCUUCACUGGCUCCACUGCCACUGGCAAGGUGCUGCUGAAACUCGCGGCAGACACUGUCAAGAAGGCGUCCAUGGAGCUGGGUGGCCAUGCCCCCUUCAUUGUGUUCGACAGCGCUGAUGUUGACAAGGCGGUGGCCGGAGCCAUGGCCUCCAAGUUCAGGAACUCUGGACAGACGUGCGUGUGUUCGAACCGGUUUCUGGUGCAGAGCGGCAUCCACGACCGUUUCGUGGAGAAGCUGAGCCAAGCGAUGGACGCCGAGCUCCAUCUGGGACAUGGCUCAGAGCCCAACACCACCCAGGGGCCGCUCAUCAACAGCAGAGCUGCAGAGAAGGUGGCCCAGCAGAUAGCAGAUGCAGUGUCCCGGGGAGCGAAGGUGUUGAAGGGAGGGAAGCGUCUGGACGGCUCCUUCAUGGAGCCCACUCUGCUGGCCAACGUCACCACAGAGAUGCUCUGCACGAAGGAGGAAACCUUCGGCCCGCUGCUUCCCGUCAUCAGGUUCAACACAGAGGAAGAGGCUCUGGCGAUUGCUAAUGCAUCUAAUGUUGGACUGGCAGGUUACUGCUACUCGCAGGAUGUGAGUCAGAUCUGGCGGGUGGCAGAGGCGUUGGAGGUGGGGAUAGUUGGAGUCAACGAGGGUCUUAUGUCCACCCCAGAGGCCACAUUCGGCGGGGUCAAACAGUCCGGUUUGGGCCGUGAAGGCUCCAAGUACGGCAUCGAGGAGUAUCUGGAAAUUAAGUACAUGUGCCUCGGUAGCCUCAAACCAUGAUACAGGACGCAGCGACGUCAGACGUCCAGUGGUACUGCACUCUCAGAUGAAAUAAAAUUAAAUGCAGUAAUGCAAGUUUUAAUUGGUUUAAACAAUAACACAAAAGAACCCUUAAAAUUAGAGUCUGUGUUGAAAACAGUAACGGUAAUUCACAAAUCAUAAAAACGGGUCCGAAAAGUGAAACAAGGUCCUUUUUUAAUUUCUCAUCUGUUGCCUUCUCAUAUGAAACUGUUGUUACGUAGAAUAAGACAAAAAUCUUUUAGGCAAUAAUUAUCUCACAAGUUCAGUUAUUAAGACUUUUAGGUAAAUGUUUCUUUUUAUUUAAUUAAUCUAGAUACUGAAACAUGUUUAACAUUUACAUCACAAAAAUAUUUUAUAAUCAGUAUGCUGAUGGUAUGUUAUGCAUUAAUAGUGCUAAAUACAAAGAUCUAAAGGAAACUCACUUCUGAUUGGCCAGAGGGAUUAUGUUAAAACCAGAGCAGAACACACAAAAAGACUUACUCAGACAAGCAACACAAAAGGUUAGAUUUAAGCUUUAUUGUUCAUAUUUACAACAAUAAAAACUUUUACAAGAGGAAAAAGAUUUAAACUUGAUGAGUUAGGCAAAGCCAUCUUGGAUAAACUUCCCUUGAAUAAAAAGAAAGAUGAGGACAGACAUGCUAAUGUUAGCUUUAUAGACUGUAUAUAAAAAGGUUAGCCUACACUGAUAUAGCAGCAUCCGGGACAGUCUCCCACACAGUGGACGUUCCAGUCCUGAGCGGGGCUUUUGCUAGUGUAACCUGCAAUGGCACAGAAUUAUGUAGUUUGCCUUGUAAAUAAAACUAGGUUACUGCUGAAAGUAAUAGGCUAGUUGGCCAGGCCUGGUAGCAGCUCACAUCAGAGAAGAUAAAGUUUUGCAACUGUCGUUGCACAGAGGACAUAUUAAACACCAAACCGUCCAAACUCUUCUUCAUCCCUAUAUUAGAGCCUGAAAUCCUAAGACCAACAGACGAGCUGUGCCUAGUUUCUGCUGUCCAAAAAUCUUAUGUACAAUACAUGCUGACAUUACAUGAGAUAUGAAAAAUAAAUAAUGAACCUCUGGCCUAUCACAAUCCAGGAUUCUCUGUGAUCAUGGUAUAAAAUCCUUGGUGGUUACUUUUCUACUGGUUGCAGGCUCUAUUGGGGGACUUAAUACUGACAAUUGUGGCAAUUGACAAUACAACACAAUCUUAUUUGGGCAUGAGCACCCAAUAGAGAGCCUAAGUCUGUUCUUUCCGCUCUGACCUUUUUUUGGACAAAAUAUGUAUGGUAGCCAACGGCGAGAGACAACUAAUGUUUAAAUUCUGUUUGAAUUGUGUCCUGAAUUACACACAUGCUGUUUGUCAGUUUAAAAGAUAAUUUAAGUCAAGAAAGUCGCAACUCGUCAUAAAACUAUAAAGAAACAUUUAGUUUUGUGUGAAAUCUCUCAUCUCGCACGAUAUACGUCACCAACAUGUUAGCGCUGUAAUGCUAAGCUAAUGUUCAUUGCUUGCUUGCUACUACCUCGGUAGCUUAGCUAUAUUCCAUCCUGGUCCUGUCAUCACAUCACCUACCACAUGGAAGCUCUUUGACGUUAGCUUCAGUAAAUUUUAGUUUACAGUUUUACGACAUAUUGACUUUCCUGACUAAAAUGAUCUUUUAAAUUGACAAGCAUGUGUAAUUUAAAAGCUUCAGUAACAUUAGCUUCAGUCAUUGAGAGAAGCUAUUAUGACAUCACACAUGGGACUUUUGGAUUUCUGGUUACGUAUAUUCAGUCUUAUACUUCAACAGUAUUACAACAGACUGAAUUUCUUGCCUAAAAUGAUCUUUUAGACUGACAAACAUCAUGUGUAAUUCAGGGAACAUUUCAAACGGGAUCAAAAAUUAUAUUAUAUUGCAAAUAUUUUUUCUGAAAUAAAGGUCCUAUGGUGGUCCACCAGAACGGGAGCAGCUUACGGGAGGUGUUUCUCUAUUGAAAUGCAAGGAAUUACUAAUUAUUUCUAUUUUCUUCCAAAUCAAUUGCAAAACAAACUUUGCAUGUUGGAGAUGGCAAAAAUGUACAUUUCAUACAGGUCUGCCCCCUACAAAAUAAGUUGUUUUUAGGCCACUUACAGGCUUUGUACUUCAAUGAUCUCCUGCUACAGAAUAAAUCGGAUCAACUUAAAAUUUCUGCAGUGCAGUCUGAAGACACCGCUUUAGAAAAGUUCCGCUGUGAAUUUUUGUUUAUGGGCGCAACCGUGGCGCGGCGGCGAUCAUCUGUUUAGCCAUGAAACAGUAAGUUGUUGUAACUUCACUGUACAUGCUUGAUAAAUGCCUCGCUCUCAAGACAUCUACAUGUCAGAAUCCUCUCAUAGUCGUUGCGCUACCUACUGGCAACAGGAAGAAGCUGGUACUUUCGUAUUAGUAAUUUCCAAGUCUAAUAUAUCAGAGCUUUCCCAGUUGUAAUUACACGUUGGAAGUUGACCCGAAAGCCAUUUUACAAGGGGAAAUUGCGAUAACUCAGAUGACGUGAAGGCAGCUUUUUAUUUCCCCCUCCUGAACCUUCUCCAGCAGCACAUAGAUAUUUGUUCAAAACAGAAAGUGGCACACUUAGCCAUGGAGGAGAAGGUAGAUUGUAGAUUUACUGAUUUAAAAUAAAUUUAAAAAGCACAAAACCUUUAGCUAGUUUUUCAUAAAAAUCAUUGUUGUACUGACCAUCCUGAUGUCCUGUAGUAGGCCUGUUAAUAUAAUAACAGUAUUUUUUUUAUGAUAUGCUGGCAUAUUUGAACACAUAGGGUUCAAAAGUAAGUCACAAUUUCAUUUGUAAUAAUUCAUGGGCCAUUUAUACAAAACAAACAUUUUUCUUCUGUAUGGAACAUUAGCCCAACACCUUGUUUUUAGGAGUCAGACAUUUCAUUAAUAACUGUUGAGUAUUUCUAAAAUAUAAAUGUUGAAUACAUGGCCUGAUGUCAAUAUUGUUUGAAUAUGCACCACAUUUUUGGGAAGAAAUAGAUAUGAAAUAUCUAUUUAGCAUAUUUCAGUGUGUAGAUAAAAAAUAAUUAGUUUUUGAAGUUAAAUAAAUUCCUUGUUACUGUGUUGGUUUUAAUCCUGGCCAAGCUUUUUCUGAGCCUCUGUUAAAGUAAAAUUAUGGUUGCCAAUGUCAAGUGCCAUUUAAUUGAUUUUUAUUUCUUACACUGUUGAACAGUACUUUGAUUAAUUUAGAUUUUAUUUAAGAGUACCGUAACCCUCUCUGUCCUCCAAUGGGUUAACUUGUCACCUUGCUGUACUUAGGACACAUCACUGUUGGGUGUGGUUACAGGUGUAGCAUCAAAAGAAAAGGGCAGCAAACUCUUCCAGCCUUGAGCAUGUGAGCAGCACAAACCAGUGUAAUGAGUGGAGCUUUGUUCUUCGUAGGUCCGUUAGCUUGAUCGGAUUCCUUUGACAUGAAGCAGGAUUUUCAAGGUUUUAAAGCUGGCUUAAAAUGAAUCGUUCUCAUAAAGAUUAGAGUAAUUAGGAGUAUGGUUCUCGUCAUUUUGAGAUAAAUUAAAAGAUGCAUAUGAGAUUAAAAAAACCUGUAAUUACAAACUACAGAUCUUGUUCAUCAACAUUUUAAACCAGCUUUAUAAAACACUCCAGAGCCACUUUAUUAGGUACAAUCUGUUGCAAAUCAAUACAACAGCUCUGCCGUAACAUCUUUACAAAGUUUAUAGUGUUCAGAUGAUGUUGACAUUGUCAGAAACGUGUAAAUUCACUUACAUGUUAAUCACUGGGGUCAUAGAAGCAUAAUAUUAGAAACACUUCUUAAUAUAAUGCAGUCGAGUACGACACUAUGACCUCAAUGCUAAAACACAUAAUUGAUAUAAUUGGUAAUAAAAAACCUCUGAAAGUUUUAGCAAGUGUACUUAAUAAAGUGGACACUAGUUGUAUGUGCUUAUGUCAAAUCAGCAAUACAAAAUAACCAGGGUCCAUGUGUGCAAAUGCAGAAGAGUAAAGAAGUAAAAUGUUUUAAAUUUUUUCUUGACAGUAACUUAUCUUCCUCUGUCCACUGUUUGUUUGUACUGCCAGUUUUGUUCUCUGGGUUUGUACAGCAGAUUGUGUCUCUAAUAUGAUGUGAAACUGGUUCUAAUUGUAAUAUACUGUUGUAGUCAAAGUUAAUGUGGGGGGAAAAAGAAUUAGUUUUUGUAUUUCUGACUAUAAAUAUUAAUGGAAAAUUAAAGAGGAAAUUGUCAUAUUA